AUGGCCCCAGCAAAGAGCAGCUCGCAGGCCCAGCCCUGGACGGCAGAAGAGGUCAAGCUCCUGUUCAAUAUGGCCUAUCCGCGCGCGAGCCCGAACCUCAAGCAGCUGGCCGAGCAGCUCGGUCGAAGCCAGGGCUCCUGCAAGAUGAAGCUUCAUUCCAUGCGCACGGCCGUCGAGGAUCUGGUCGCAAGCUGGGGCACGACUGCCAAGGAUGCCAGCUCGAGCGGCGCCGCUGUGUCGCAAAAGAAGAGGAAGAUCCAGCCCGAGGAGGCCGUCAACGAUGCGCGCAACGAACACCCUUGA